AUGUUCCGAGACAUGCUAGACUCGCUUGCCUCAAACGACAAAUUUGAAAUACAUGACUUGGAUACAAUCAUGAUGGAUGCGAUCAGGAACAAUGAUACGCAAUUCACCCUGGAGCUUCUUUCUCAGGGACUAUCCCUGCUCCCAGAUUACGCCUUGGAAGCAACGAAGUGGAAGGCGAAGAAUGUUCUUGAAUUGUUUUUCGAGAAAGGCUGGGAUAUCAACAAAGCAAUAAGUGAAGCUCAACCCCCCUUACUCAGUGGAAGCGACACACAACAAGGCCAGCUUCUAUUCCACGCGCUCGAACGAAAAUCGGAAAUCAUUGAAGUUUUGCAGCUCCUUCUCAAAGAAGGUGCUUCGCUCAAUGCUACAAUGUAUCAGAAUCAUUAUCCCUCUUGGGCGCUUUACUUCUUCAUGGGACUUGGUAUUGUCUUACACAAGGCGGCGGAGCUUGGAAACGUUCAAGUUGUCAGCUUUUUGGUUAGUGAAGGAAUAGGUCUAAGCAUAAAAGACGCGAAUGGCCUCACUGCGCUGGAUUGUGCCCGGAAUCUCGACAAAGUCGAAGUUGUGAAAAUUCUCGAGGACUCGCUUAGUCAUUGA